AUGAACACAUCGACUGGUACUUCGUUGUCAGUAUUUAACAGUGACGGUGAAAAAUUCAUAAUACAGAGACCUCCGCGACAACGAAGACGAUCCAACAGCUCAAACGACAUACUGGCGCACGCAAGUGUUAAAGCCGUAAGAUCUCCCAGGAGAGAUGCUUCGUAUAAUAAUAUACCACGUCCUCCUAGGUUAGCUUAUGAUACUUCUUCACAAGCUUACGCCCCAAUAAUGCCGAGAACUCCUCCUCCAUCUCGACAGGUGUAUAUUAGACCUGACUAUGGCCCUCCACAAGCUCACUCACCAUAUAAGAACGAAAUAAAUACUGCUUAUAGAAGUGGUAGUUCUCCUUCGAGAGGAUCAAGAACGACAAGUUUUGGAAGUAAUACAAGCGGCAGCAGUCGUAUGAGUGCAGGUAGUCAGCAGGUACCCUCGUCUUUGUCGGCUUUUUAUAGUGAACGUAUAGAAAAAACGACAAGUUUUGAUGAUGAGGAGGAUAGUGCGGGCGAGGAGACAAUGUCAUGUAAUUCACCAAUUUUUGAUGAAUAUGAUGAUUCUUUUACUGUUGAUUCAAGUCUUGUGCAAGAAGUUUUCUUAUUACGCAAAGAAAUCGACGCAGUUAAAAAUAGUCUGGCAGGUUUACAAAAAGAUCGCGUGGAUACGUUGAACGAGAAAAAACAACUCGAACAACAAUAUCAGGAAGCCAAAAAUGAAGUUACAAGAACUUUAGAAUCUGGCACAAAUGAUUUAUCAUUUUAUAAUGAAUUAUUAAAUUCAAAUGUUCAAAAACUUUCUUUAGAAUUAUCUUCUGGUAAUUCGGACACUAUUUCUGAUGAUAAUUAUCAUGAAUUAGCUCCAGAAUAUGAAAAUAUAAUUAAUGAUUGUGUAAAUUUAGCAAAAGAAUUAGAACUAUCUCAAUCCCAACUUGAGAAAAGUAAACGUGACUUUCGUGAUCUUUUAUCCGUUAAAGAAAAAAUUGAAAUAAGUUUUGAAGCUCAAGAACGGGAAUAUUGUGAGAGAAUACGGCAGUUUGAAGCCCGUAGCCAUUCGAAAAGUCAUUCGAAGAGUCAUUCAAAGAGUCAUUCAAAGAGUCAUUCGAAACAGAAACAAAGUAUAAGUGGAUCAACGACUAUUAAUGCAACCGGUUCGGCUGGUUCAACUGGUUCAGAUAGUCAAAAUGGAGGAAGACGAAAAUCAAUAAAUAAUAUGGAACAUUAUCAAUCUUCCGAAUUAGUACCAUCAUAUUGUUUAUCACCACCUCAGACUCGCAUACGAUCAUAUGCAAAUCCAGCAUUGCUAUUUACAGAUGAAGAACGAGUUCGACAUCAUAAACGAUUCAGUCUGGCAAAACGAUGGGUUGAAGAUGAUGAAGUAUCAGAAUGUCAACAAGCAGGUUGUAUGACCAAGUUUAAUUGGUGGAAUCGAAGGCAUCAUUGUCGGAGUGCCUUCUCGAUGUUACUAUUUCCAGAUGGUAGUGAAGAUUGGGGUGGUGUAUGGUCAAGA